AUGUCAGCAUUCUUGCACCAACGACCCAUCCACAACCCGUUCUCAAACGCCUACCCAAUCUCCCCACGUCCUUCAUCAGCCUUUCAAAGACCCAUUUCGAUCUUCAGCCCAACCGGCCUAAUUAUUCUUCUCUCUCUCAUGGUAAUCCUCGGAGUAUUCUUGCCCUGGUCGGGAAUGCCCCAAUCCAUGUUCUCUAACUCAAUAAAGGCCUCUUCUCUUUCCAAAUGGCGAGACUACACUUUAGCCGAAGCGGCAUCGUUCGUUGCCAAAAACGGCACAGUAAUCGUCUGCGCCGUGAGCCAACCUUAUUUACCUUUUCUCAACAAUUGGUUGAUUAGUAUUACCAGGCAAAAGCACCAAGACAAAGUGCUUGUAAUAGCUGAAGAUUACGCUACGCUUUAUAAGGUUAAUGAGAAGUGGCCUGGUCAUGCCGUAUUGGUCCCGCCUGCACCUGAUUCACAAACUGCCCAUAAAUUUGGCUCUCAGGGAUUCUUCAAUUUUACUUCCAGGCGGCCUCGGCAUUUGUUGCAAAUUUUGGAGCUUGGGUAUAAUGUUAUGUAUAAUGAUGUCGAUAUGGUGUGGUUGGGUGACCCCUUUCGUUAUUUGGAAGGAAAUCAUGAUGUUUACUUCACUGAUGACAUGGCUGUGGUGAAGCCUCCAAACCAUUCCCAUGAUUUGCCACCUCCAGGGAAAAAGGGUCGCACUUACAUAUGUAGUUGCAUGAUUUUCCUGCGUCCCACGGAUGGAGCAAAAUUAGUUAUGAAGGAAUGGAUUGAGGAGCUUCAAGCUCAGCCGUGGUCCAAAGCAAAGAAAGCAAAUGAUCAGCCUGCUUUUAACUGGGCACUAAACAGAACUGCUGGACAGGUGGAUCUCUGCCUGCUUCCCCAGACAGCAUUCCCAACAGGUGGAUUAUACUUCAAGAACCAGACAUGGGUGCAGGAAACCAAGGGAACGCAUGUCAUAAUUCAUAAUAAUUAUAUCACUGGUUUUGAGAAGAAGAUCAAGCGCUUCCGCGAUUAUGGCCUUUGGUUGGUUGAUGAUCAUUUCCUUGAGUCCCCACUAGGCAGAUUAUGAAAAAGUUGGAAGACUUUAUGACUAUUGUCUGCAGAACCAAUUACAACCUUAACGACCAUUGUAAGUGGUGGAGCAUACCAGGUGGAUCAGCUUCCUUCCUUAUCAUCUGCUUCUAUGCUCUCAUAUGAACAUGGAUCCUUAGCAGCUGACAGUGCAGAUGGACAUGGAUCUUUAGCAGCUAGCAAUGCUCAUUUCUCAGCAACGUUUACAUUUAAAUAGGGUACAAUCAGAACAAAGUCCAAAUAUUUAUUGACUAUUCUAACAUUCUUUCUAGACCUGAAGAAUCAAUCCGCUUUUGUUACAAUGUUUUUCCUUGACAUGAUGCAAAUAGUAAGAUUUGUUCUUUGUAUAAAAUCUGUAUCUCAGCUAGCAACUCUCAAUCAUUACAAAUAAUUCCUUGAUA